CAGCUGCUGUGGGGGAGGCGAGCAGCAGAUCUGUCACACCUCCACACUCCAACAAGCGGAUGUGUUUUACUUUGCCUUUUCUCGCACUUUCUGUCUUCCCUCCUCUACCUAUGACCGACUGUCUUUCAGCGGCUGCUUCUGUAUUUUUUACAUCUGUGAUGGCCUAAUUAUCUGGCACUUUUCCUUCCUGCGUUGCUGUGAGGUUCAGCUUGUUGUAGCUCAGUUAUAACGGAUACUUUUGUCGGCGUAUAAAGUCAGUCUUUUCAACACGGUGACGUCUCACAGGCAGCAGCCGACAUCCGCCCGUUGAAGAUUGGGGUGGCUGACAAGGAGACCAUCCCAAUUCACCGACAAACAUCGGGACCGGGAGAUUGAUGGUCAGUGAGAGGACCGAAGAGAAAUCCCCUGAGCUGACCAUGCUGCUACUGAGAGCAAGAGGAAGGAAGUGAGAUGAGCCGAGAUGGCCUAAAGAACCAAGAGGUUGCGUAAAUCAUCCGCUUCAGAGGUGCGAGCUGCAUACGAGACCUUUGAGACAACAUCGAUCAGUUCAGUUCACUGAGAGCAACUCUACUUGUUUCAUCAGUGAAUGUCUGAGCGUAGCCUGUGAUGAAAACCGCCAGCAGUGUACGAAAGCACAGCUCACACUUGAGGACCUUACAUCCUGCUAGCCUGACAGAAAAACCUUAACCUUUUCUUUGAAGAACCCAAGACAACCCGAGAGGCUUGUUAAUCGACGGCAACCAUGAACGGCCUGACCGAGCUGUCUGUGAAGUGUGUUCUGGUCGGGGACUGCGCGGUCGGCAAGACGGCUUUGCUGGUCCGCUUCACCUCCGAGACUUUCCCAGAUUCGUACAAGCCCACCGUGUUUGAAAACACGGGUGUUGAGGUGUACAUGGACGGGGUCCAGAUCAGCCUUGGGCUGUGGGACACGGCGGGCAACGACAACUUCAAGCAGAUUCGGCCGAGGUCGUACCAGCAGGCCGACGUCGUCCUUAUGUGCUACUCAGUGGCCAACCCCAACUCCCUGGCCAGCAUCCAGCGCAAGUGGAUUGCAGAGGUCCGGGAGAACCUGCCCAGGGUGCCAGUGCUGGUGGUGGCCACUCAGACGGACCUGAGGGAGGUGGGAGUUCAUCGGGGCAGCUGCAUCUCGCCGGCGGAGGGGAAACGUGUGGCCCAUGAGGUGCACGCUAAGGGCUACCUGGAGUGCUCUUCCUUGAGCAACCGUGGCGUGCAGCAGGUGUUUGAGUACGCUGUGAGGACAGUUUUUAACAAGCACAAGAAACGGGAAAGGAGGCGCAUGUUCAGCAUGAACCAGUGCAAAGUGUUUUGACCUUUGAUUUUGAUCUUGCUGCCGUUUUUUUUUUUUUUCAGAUAUGCUGUUCAAACUCAGUCAGCCAUGACGAGAUGUAAGGACCCAAACAUGACUUCCUGACAUACUAGGCUGUACUUCACUAAUACCCCCCCGAAAACUCAAACAUAUUUCAACUGAGAACACUGAAAAAAAAAAAAAAAUAAAAAAUAAAAUGACGUCACUGACCGAGAAACCAGCAUAUGGGGUGGACACUUUUCUUCAGGGAUCAAGUCAUAAAUGUUUGUUCUUGUAGUAUGUCAAACAGAAUAUUGUUUUUUGGAUUUAAAGAGAAAAGGUUGUUUUCGUCUCAGACUAGGAUUUACUUUAGCAAGUGAACUUUUUUAUUGAAAUUUUAAAGAAAUAUGCUUCUCUACUACCACAAAUACAUUAAUGCAGCAUUUUUCUGGAUGUGGCUUCAUGAAGCCGGAACAAUGUCAUUCCAGAUGUUUCUGAAUCAGGUUUAAUGAAAUUCCGGGUCCCUUACCAUUACUUUGUGAUUGCGUGAGCAGUCAGAAAUCAUUUAAAUUAUGUUGGAAAUACAUUUCAGCUAAGAAAGCAAAAUUAACCCUUUGUGGAGUACAUUUAAAAUUUUGUUUCUAGAGAAAUGUUUUGUCAGGUGGCCUAAAAAUAAAAUGUUUUUCAUAAAUACAUCGCAAAGCCCAAAAUUAUUCAUAUCCCUGGCAGACUCGGGUUUAAAGUAAUGUUUUGUUUUUCCGAACAUGUUUCAUCUGAAUUGAAGCAAUUAUAUCGUUUUGGAGCGGCCUAGUCAGAGUUCUGACUUGUCCUCAGAAUCUGAGGGGGAGUUAAAGAUUAGGGUGAUGGCAAAGAGGCCCUGCGGCCUCAGAGAUCUGGAGCUUUAAACUAGAGAUAAUUCAUCAAAAUACCAGAGGAGACAUGCAAAAAGCUGGUUAGCAGUUAUAGAAAGGAUAUUACUGCUUAAUGCAAGUAGUGUUUUAAAAUCGAAAAUAAUUUACAGCACACCAUUUGAACAAUUUCUUUUGUAUUGAUACUGCUUUUCCGUUGUUUUGUUACCUUUCGAGAGACGCCCGUCUCAUUUCCGAUCAUUGACAAACUUCUCGGGUUGAAGGAAAAUAAUUUUAAAUCUAAACAUGCAGGAGGUGCUAAUAUUUUUGAGCUGUAAAUCAAAAAUAUUAUGGGUUUUUUU